AUGAUUGUGUACGAUAUUAAACUUUUAGCAAAAGCUUGUUAUAUUGAUGUCGAGGAGGAACAAGAAGAGGAUCUUACUAACGGCCAGUCGCACUGGUGUGAUUUACCGGAUCACAUCAUGGAGCGAAUCUUUGCACACCUGAGCAUUCGGGAGCGGUACUACGCCAGCUUGACCUGCUACAGCUGGUACCGGGCCUUCUACUUGCCGAACGUGUGGUCCAAUUUCCUGGUGGAAGAUAGAACGCUUUCCAGACUGAAAUACAAUUACUAUUCCGGCUGGCAGCCAGUGCUGGAUCCGGCCCGGAUGCAGUGUUGUCUGAUAUCCGUCGGGAGUCUGUUCCGGGGACUAGACUUCCGACCGGACUUUUCGUUUAACAAUAUGUUUCAAUUUAUGACCACUAUAUCGUGGGCCAUCGAACAAAACCAGAAGCCUAAGUUCCCGGCGGAAUGGCUCGGCUGUGGGACCAAAAUUAAAUCUCUAAAUUAUAUCUUCCCGUGUAACAUGGCCUCCAGUGAGGAUCCGGAAUCGAUUAAACUGUUCGGGACGGGCGGUCAGCUGCUGGCAGCGCUCAAGAAGCUGAUGCUCAAUUUGCCGAACCUGCAGACACUGAAGCUGGUCGAUCUGAUGCUGGAACGGUACGAGGCGAACCAUUUGCUAGACGAGGUACUGGAAGCGUGCUGUCUGGGGCUGAAGCGGUUGCAUUUGAUCAAUGUAACAAUGGUACAUUGUCCUGUGAUGCAUAUGGGGCUGUUUUUGAAUCUCCAGGUGCUGGUGGUUUCACCGCAGAACAUCGACGACGACAUCCUGACGCUGCUGGCCGAUUCCAAGGUGCGCCACCUGUACCUGUUCCAGAACCGUUACACACCGGCAGCGAUAUCGAUCAGCCCGUGCACGGCGAAAGGCUGGAGGCUGCUCCGCCGGGAUAAUCCGAAUUUACGGGUGCACUUACGCGUAGAGUCAACAAACGUUGGCGAGAUUUUGUUGCAGCCGGCAGCUCCGGUGCAUAGUAUGAUUUAUCAGACGACGAAAACAAUGAUAGCUUCGGACAAACUGUUGGCUGCAGUUGACGCGUACAAGUUUUCACUGGCCGUGUACGGAUAUGAGAUGCUGCCGGAUUUCACCAGUCCGGUCGAGUUUCAGGAUAGGGUUGACAGCCUGCUGGUGUUGAUGGCACGGUCGUGUCCCGAGCUCACGGUGUUGAUGAUUCGGGAAAGAAUUUCGACGGCCACGGUUCUGCUAAUCGCCCGAUCCGCUCAAAAUCUACGACAUCUGAUCGUUCGCCGCAGCCAACUGAUAGAGUGCUGCGACUGGCCCAGAAAUCCGGACUGGAGUGACGAAUUCUACCAGUGGCUUCAGAUGGCAUCUCGCACGGUCAGCUCUACCGAACGGGAAAUCUCGCAGAUUUUAGAAACAAACUGGAAAGCCCUAAGCGAUGAGCACUACGAGAAGACUUCCUUGACCAAGCACGUGGAUCACUGA